CCCUCUUCCCACACCCCUAUCCUUCCACCCUCCUAUCAACCAGGCAUGGUUAGGUUUGAAGAGUGUGGCCUUUGAAAAUAUUCUCAACCCUUUGGUUAGCCGAGCAGCGUGACUAAGUAGAGUCCUCAAGAGUCUAGUUUGUGAGGAGCCCACAAAGCUGAUACAUAGCUAAUUUGGUUUCUAGAAACUCGAACCAUCAAGGGAGGGUACAAUCCCUUAUGUUCCUUUUCCGAUUAGCUGUGUAGCGGUUCCCGGCAGGAGUGCCCUGGCGCUGCGGAGUAACGGACGAAUAUUACGCAGAUUUCUAGGUGGUCGCCAACCUAAUAUCGCUCGAAUUACUCAUACGGACUCGCCGCUAAAAGGGAUUUCAAAAGAAAAGCCCGUUUUCCCUACCCCUUACCUCAUCCGGCCCUUACAAGCUGUCGGAAGUCGUCAGCUGUUUGAUUGCAUAUAGGACAUGCGGCCGGAAGACCCGCGGUUAAUGAUAGGACACGCGGAAAUCAGACAUGCGGUGAGUAGGCACAGGUUUGGGGGUUACGAAGGGUCACAAUGUAUCAGGAUGAUUCCAGAUCGUUUGGGAUCCCAGAGGAUCACAAUUCGUCAGGACGGUCUUUCCUUACCGCUUAUGUUUCGAUUGUUUUCUAGAGUUGCUACUUAUUUGGGGGUGUAUUUAUCUCCUGGUCUAUCAUUAGCCAGCCUCUUCACCGAUCGUCUAGUUUGUCGUUCUCCUGCAUUCACGAGUGAAUUGGCCAUGGCGGUUUUACUCUCACUAUUUCAGCACUUAGCGCUUUCUAUAGGGUUCUUUAUGCACGAGGAGUGGGAGGUUGAAGGAAGUGAUCUGGAAAGAUACGUGGAACAGUACAGUAUAGAUGGAGACAGUGAGCACUGCUGA